UCUGGCCGCUUCAUUCGGGUCUUCUACUCUUCCUACCCCACCACCCAAUUCUACUGCAAUGGAUAGUCAAGUGAAGUAUGCUAAGGUUGAGCAAAUUGUGGGGCGCACUGGUUCAAGGGGACAGGUGACUCAAGUUAGAGUGAGUUUUAUGGAUGACCCGACCCGUCGCAUUAUGAGGAAUGUGAAAGGACCUGUUAGAGUGGGUGAUGUUCUCACUCUAUUGGAGUCUGAAAGAGAAGCCAGGAGGUUGCGUUAGAGGCAUAUACUCAAUAUUCUGGUGCUGGAUUUAAUAAUAAAAUUGAUCUUUUUUUGGUAUUAUUUAUAUGGCCAAUGUUAUUGUGAAACACUUUGUUAUGAAUUGAUCUUUUAUUUGGCCAGUCUUUGAUUCGGCGGAUUUGCUUUGAUUUAGUGUUUUCGGUUAUGUUAAUAAUAAUUUGCUUUGAUUUA